AUGGAGAAGCACAACGAAUCCGUGUCUGCCAUCGCUUCCCGAGUCAAGCAGUUCUACCAGGACAGCCGCCCGUUUCGCAUCUAUCAUGGCUCGACAAGCAGCACCAGACAGUCCCAGCACUGGAAUGACAACACUAUAGAUGUCAGUGCCUUGUCCAAUGUCCUGUGCAUUGACAAAGAGCGCAGAUUAGCAGUGGUGGAGCCUAAUGUUCCUAUGGAUAAACUGGUCGAGUCCACCUUGCCGCACGGCUUCAUCCCCCCGGUCGUCAUGGAAUUUCCUGGCAUCACUGUUGGUGGAGGAUUCUCUGGCACGUCUGGCGAGAGCAGCUCCUUUAGGCAUGGCUUGUUCGAGGAUACCGUCGUCGACUGGUUUAUGCAUUCACGCGUCAUGUAUCAUGCCCUUCACAAGAGUGGCCUGGCUAUGCAAUCCCUUGUACAAGACGUGGCCGUCCCCUACCAACAAGCCCCGGAGUUGCUCGACUACUUGGACCGGACUUUGAGCUGUUAUCCUCUCUGGUUUUGUCCUAUAAGCGCCGACAAUCACCGUUCCUUGUGGUCGGAAAAGACCAUGGAUAAGAUCAAAGACGCGAAUGGCUGCAAGAUGCUGCUGAACUUUGGUGUCUGGUGCCCUGCUUCUACGAAUCGGAAGAAAUUCGUCCAACUAAACCGUGACAUUGAGCACAAAGUUCACCAGCUAAAUGGAUUCAAAUGCCUUUACGCCCAUGCGUACUACACGGAAGAUGAAUUUUGGUCCAUAUACGACCAAGGACCAUACGAUGCGCUGCGAAGUAAGUAUCACGCGGGGCAUCUUCCUAGUGUCUAUGAUAAAGUUGUCGUGGACUUUGCAGCAGAGCAGAGAGCACGGGACGAGUCUUGGAUUGUCUGGCUCAAGAGCGUGUUUUGGAGCAUCUGGCCGCUUAUGGGAUUGUACGGGGUUGCACAUGUUAUGUUGAGGCAUGGAUACAUGCUUCGCCGGGGAGACGAGAAAAAGAAGGUGUGA